AUGUGGUGUCUGCAGUGUACCACAGACAGAACCCAGUCUUUACUGGAGCUGGAUUCAGAUGGCUGUGUGGAAGGCGAUGCCCAGGGCGGUGAGGUGGUCACCUCUGUGGACCCCAGCGCUGGCUACGGCUGUGUCCCGCUGACCCACAGCGCCAGGCUCGGUCCUGACCUCCUGGACAGCCAACUGUACGGUCAUCUUUUCCUGCCCGGCCACCUGCGACCCCGCAGACCCAAGCUCCAGCACGCACAGUCCAUCCUCCGCAAACAGGCCGAGGAGGAGGCCAUCAAGCGCUCCCGUUCCCUGUCGGAGAGUUAUGAGCUCUCCUCUGACCUACAGGACAAGCAGGUGGAGAUGCUAGAGCGUAAAUAUGGGGGGCGUUUCAUAACCCGGCAUGCUGCCCGCACCAUCCAGACGGCCUUCCGCCAGUACCAGAUGAACAAGAACUUUGAACGUCUUAGAAGUUCCAUGUCUGAGAACCGCAUGUCCAGGCGAAUUGUUUUAUCCAAUAUGAGAAUGCAGUUUUCCUUUGAAGGACCUGAAAAAGUCAACAGCUCUUACUUUGAGGGCAAGCAGGUCUCACUGACAGAGGAUGGCACUAAGAUCAGUGCGCUGGUCCAGUCAGAACACGGGGCGGAGCGGGCCCUGCCCGGGACCCCCCCCACGGCUCAGACCGACUUCACAGAUGCCAUCACCGAGCUCGAGGAUGCCUUCUCCAGGCAGGUCAAGUCUCUGGCCGAGUCCAUAGAUGAUGCGCUGAACUGCCGCAGCCUGCACGGUGAGGACAGCCAAUCAGAGAGUGCGGGAGGCCCCCAGGACCGGGAGCUCAGCUGCCAGAGUAACCCCCCCCGGGGCUCUGCAGACCACCGCAAACUGGACGAGAUGACGGCCUCUUACAGUGACGUCACCCUCUACAUUGACGAGGAGGAGUUGUCCCCCCCCUUACCUCUGUCCCAGUCCGUAGACCGGCCGUCCAGCACGGAGUCUGACCCGCGGCAGCGCUCCCUCAACUCCUCCCAGGACUACUGGUCACUCGCUCAUAAGGAUGACAAAGGGGAUACGGACACCAGCUGCCGCAGCACCCCCUCUCUAGAGUGCCAGGAGCAGCGUCUGCGGGUGGACCACCUGCCCCUGCUGACCAUAGAGCCCCCCAGUGACAGCUCGGUGGAGCUGAGUGACCGCUCUGACCGCAGCUCUCUGAAAAGACAGAACGCCUAUGAGCGGAAUCUGAGCAAACAGCAGAGCAGCCCCAAACACAUCAGCCAUGCCCUGCCCCCCCGAGGGCCCUCCAGAGAGGAGGACGGCCCCCGCCAGCGCCCCCGGCAGCUGGACGCUCACCUGGCCAUCAACGGCACGGCCAACCGGCAGAGCAAGUCCGAGUCGGACUUCUCUGACGGGGACAACGACAGCAUCAACAGCACGUCCAACUCCAACGACACCAUCAACUGCAGCUCCGAGUCCUCGUCCAGGGACAGCCUGAGGGAGCAGACCCUCAGCAAACAGACCUACCACAAAGAGACCCGCAACAGCUGGGACUCCCCCGCCUUCAGCAACGACCUCAUCCGCAAGAGGCACUACCGCAUCGGCCUGAACCUCUUCAACAAGAAACCAGAAAAAGGCAUCCAGUAUCUGAUAGAGCGGAACUUUGUUCCAGACACUCCGGUGGGUGUGGCUCACUUUCUGCUCCAGAGGAAAGGCUUGAGUAGGCAGAUGAUUGGCGAGUUCCUGGGUAACAGACAGAAACAGUUCAACCGAGAUGUUCUAGACUGUGUGGUGGAUGAAAUGGACUUCUCAGCUAUGGAGCUGGAUGAAGCACUCAGGAAAUUCCAGGCACACAUCAGAGUGCAGGGAGAAGCCCAGAAGGUUGAGCGGCUGAUAGAGGCCUAUAGUCAACGCUACUGCAUCUGUAACCCAGGUGUGGUGCGGCAGUUCAGGAACCCAGACACCAUCUUCAUCCUGGCUUUUGCCAUCAUCCUCCUCAACACGGACAUGUACAGCCCCAACGUCAAGCCUGAGAGGAAGAUGAAACUGGAGGACUUUGUGAAGAAUCUUCGAGGAGUGGAUGAUGGCGAGGACAUUCCCAGAGAAAUGCUUGUGGGGAUAUAUGAGCGCAUUCGCAAGCGGGAGCUCAAGACUAAUGAAGACCAUGUGUCCCAGGUUCAGAAAGUGGAAAAACUAAUUGUUGGAAAAAAGCCGAUUGGCUCCUUACACCAAGGUAUUGGCUGUAUACUAUCAUUACCCCACCGGAGACUGGUUUGCUACUGUCGACUUUUUGAAGCUCCGGAUCCCAACAAACCUCAAAAGUUGGGCGUGCACCAAAGGGAGAUCUUCCUGUUCAACGACUUGCUCGUGGUGACAAAGAUUUUUCAGAAGAAGAAGAACUCUGUGACAUACAGUUUUCGGCAGUCCUUCUCACUUUAUGGCAUGCAGGUGCUGCUCUUUGAGAAUCAGUAUUAUCCCAAUGGAGUUCGCCUGACCUCCGCCGUACCUGGAGCAGACAUUAAAGUCCUCAUCAAUUUCAAUGCCCCCAAUCCUCAGGAUCGCAAAAGGUUCACAGACGAUCUGCGAGAAUCUAUCGCAGAAGUGCAAGAGAUGGAGAAGUACAGGAUAGAAUCUGAACUAGAAAAACAGAAAGGAGUGGUGCGGCCCAGCUUGUCCCAGAGCUCUGGGUUAAAGAAGGACACUGGAAACGGCAACCUGAGCCGAGCCAGCCUGGACGACAGCUACGCCAUCAGCGAGGGGCUGAAGAGGAGUGCCCUCAGCAGCUCCCUGCGGGACCUCUCAGAUGCAGGCAAGCGUGGGAGACGCAGCAGUGCAGGAUCACUAGACAGCAAUCUGGAAGGCUCCAUCAUUAGCAGCCCCCACGUCCGGCGCAGACCCCCCUCCAGCCGGGACUGUCCCUCCCGCCACAGCGGUCAGUCUCUGGCCACCUCCUCCUCGCUGCUGGGCUCUUUGUUUGGCAGCAGGCGGCUGAAGUCCCCCAGCCCCACCCCCCAGAGCCCGCACCCCACCCUCAUCUCCCACACCCCCCACCCGGCCCACCUGCACCACACGGCCCGCUCAGACACAGACAGCCCGGGGCCCGCGCCCCCCCACCCCGCCCACCGGGACUGUCCCUCCCGCCACAGCGGUCAGUCUCUGGCCACCUCCUCCUCGCUGCUGGGCUCUUUGUUUGGCAGCAGGCGGCUGAAGUCCCCCAGCCCCACCCCCCAGAGCCCGCACCCCCCCGGGGCCCCCCCCCCCCCCCCCCCACCCCCCGCCCACGCCCCCCCCCCGCACGGCCCCCCGUCCCCGUCUCAGGGCCCCGGCAGCUCCAAACCCAAGCACAGCGGCAUCAGCACGGUGGUGUGA